ACAAUCGAUGCGUGUGUCCAGGAAAGAACUUUCAGAAGAUCAAGAAGACUCCCAGCAUUUUUUGAGGGAGGGGAAAAAUUUCUUUCGUCGGUUCGAGUAGGAGUUGGAUGGGCAGAAAGUCAAAAUGACCAACCCGCCGUUUCGGCCUCGCACCAAUGCCGCGAAGACGCCAAGCUAUGCGGCGUCUACUGCGGAUGACCGCUUCUCAAUGUUCCGCGGAACUCAGCAAGCUGCUGCCCCGCCGGCUGCAGGUCUGAAUGGAGCGAAGCGCUUCGGCAGCAAUGCGCCGCCGGACAGACAGCGCAGAUGGACGGGAGCCGGCGGAGAAUCAGCAAGCGGCCGAAGCAGUCAACUGCCAUGGCUGGCCUCCGCGAAGCCGGGCAAUGCGACUGUGCCACCACCGUCAGGACGACGCAUACCUUCCCGCCACGCUCCUGGUGCCUCGAUGGGCUUUACGGCCAGUCAACAGCAACACGCAACGGAGAGGUUCAAUCGCUUCUCGGGUAACAGCCGGACGGGUGACUGCGAUCUGCAGUUUGAGGUUUGGAACUUCGCCAGUCCUGCCAAAGCCUCGGAGCGACCACGAAGCGGUUCCGAACGUGCUGCGCCAGGUCGGGAUGUUGAAGAGAGCUCUCCGCGUGCAGUAUCACUGCCAGAGGUGGGAAGCUCUGGCCUGACGACCGUCCGCUUGCCACCCAUUGUACCGGGUACCAGUGAUGGCGGGGGUGGCGACGACGAAGAGGAUGACGAUCACUUCGGAGAGAACCAGGAUGAGGACGAGGACGUUGUGCUGGACGAACAGGAGCAGAGUGACAACAGCGAAGAGGAGUCUUCUGGUGAUGAAGAGCAUGGUGCUGACAAGCAAGCAAGCGAGGGCAUGUCCAGUGAACAGGCAGACACCAAGGAGCAGAGAACGGCCCCUCAGCGACGCCGUCGCCGGAGCAUCAUGCUGGAGUUUCCCAGCGCCGACAACGACUUUGGUCUGUUUCCGGCUACCAUCAUGCAGGAGCACGCUCUGAUCGACGCUCGACUGGCCAUCGCGCAACACCGCACGCUGCGGCACCUGGAUCCGUCGUCGGCAGGCGCUGAGCUGUGCGCGGGCAUUGACAACGUGGUACGCAGCUUUGCAAUACGCGGCCCACUGGACUGCAAGAUACUGGAGAAGGCAAUCGGAGAAGAGGUGGCAAAGUGCCCACUGCUGCGUGUGAUCUUCUACCAGUAUAGAGAUCAGCUGUUUUGCCGUGCGGCCAAAGAUCCUGUUCGGGUUCAUCUGGAGCAUGAGCUGAGUGGCAGCACGUCCGAAGCCAUCGGAGACGCACGCCGGCGACCGUUCCACGUGCACCUCUACCCCAUUGACCGCGAGGAAGUGGAGCGCGAGGGACUGCUGGUCGAGUGCACCGUCGCGGAAGCAGAAACCAGCAAGUCGCACAUGAUGCGCGGCCGUCGGCUGGACAAGCUACCGGAAGAAAGCGACGGGCCGCUGUCGGCACGGGCGGGGACAGCCAAGAAGCACGGGCAACGACGCAACAGCGCCUUACGGGGUUCCGGUGUCAAUACAUUCUCCUCGAAAAUGAGCAUAAUUGAUUUGGAUGACGUGCAGGUUAACACCAGCACGAGAGCACGGCGCAUUGGCAGUGCACUGAAGCGUCGCCCUUGGUCAAGUGUCAUCCACAUCAGUCGUGGCGAAGGACUCGACGAGAUCGCCGAGCAGCAGAAAGCCACCGCUGCGGGUCCGCUAUCGAGUCGUCAGGUACCCUCGUUGCUGUCCGUAGCCGGUGUGGGCGUGGAGAGCAGCACCACAAAUGCGUUUGCCGAGUCGUCGAGUCGACUCGGGCCCGCGUCGGAGAGCAAGCGAUCAAUGACAUCAUCACAGAAUGAGCUAGCGGAACGACCGAGCUCGGAACCGAGCAUGGUAGUCUUGUGGCUUCGUGCAAAGGUGAUCAGCACGUCGACUCAGGAACAUCUGCUUGUGCUGUCGUCGCCGUCCUUUGUGUCCGAUUACUGGUCUCUAUCCAUGCUCUUCAUGAGCAUCUGUAAGGCGUACACGGCUCUGGAACGACAGCACGCUGGCAAUGAUAAACGCUCUGCAGCGGGCGCCAGCAAGAGGAUGACGCGUACGCGCAGCACGAAUUCCCGGAUGCAAUCCCUUCCCAUGCACGGCGCCGUGAUGAAGUCCCCGUCGAGGAUGGCCGGCCAAAGCUCCAUCCAGGACCACUACGCACGGCACGCUCCUGCCAAGACGGCGGCAUCGUCCACCACCGUAGCAGGCAGUGGUGUGCGCUUCCAGGAGGUUGCCAUGCGCGAGGCGGAACUGCUGCAGCUGCGAUCGCGGGGCAAGCUCUGGGAGCUGUGGGAGGCGCAGUCGACGCUCACGGUGCUCACUCGCCAGGGCCAGAAAAAGUCGAAGCCCGCACCCGUCCUGCAGCUGCCGUUCCACGUCCGCGGCGAGACUGCUCGGCGCACCGCCCUGCUAAAGAGCGCUCGCACUCGCACGGGAGCGUGCAGUGUCGGCGGUACGUUCACCUCGUUCAAAUUCUUGAAGGUGGAUGACUACAUCACAGAGCUAUUUCAGCGGAACCUGCCUGCGGCCGUGUGGCAGCGGAUCAGUGCCGACAACCCUCUCUUCUUGAUGUCACUGGCCCUGUUUGUUGUGCUGAUGGGCCGCUGCUGUCGUGGCUGGGAUGGCGGCGCUAACAACCGUGCUCCGCUGCAGAAUGUGUCACAAACGAGCUCAACCCGACUCGGCACCCUCAGUGAGGCCGCCGGAGGAUCGCAGCAGAGGAGACCACCGAGCUCUCGUGCCCAACCCUCGUCCCGGCGUUAUCUCAACGCAGCCCCGCCGGGCGCUGGCUACUUUCUCGUCGGUCUUCCUCUUCAAGUGAGAGAUCUCUCUCCCAUGCAGAUGUCCACCAUCCAUGGCCCGAUGACAAACGACGUUGGCUUGAAGGUAACCCUGCCUGCUUUCAAGACAUUCAGCGAUCUACUCAUUGGACUUGACAAGAGCCUCAAGUCUAUACGCAAACAGAUCCACUUCCCGUUCAGCUCCAUAUCUGAUGAGAUCGGAGUGCGCGGUGGACUGCCGGUUAGCUUUUCAUUUCUGAGAAGGCGAGAAGUGCAAUGCCUGACCAAUCCGGAGGCAUUCUACUUUACGGAAACGGCUGUUGGUGUUCCUGGCCAGGGUCUAGCUCGCUUUGGCAGUCAAUGCUACCUGCAACCAGAACAUGGGCAGCUCAAGGAGCACUGUCACCUGGAACUGUUGCUUUGGGAGAUGUUGGAGAACGAGUCGGUUCGCGGCGGAUUCCGCUUUCAGCCGCAGCUGAUCCGGGCAUCCCUGGUGGAGGGUCUGGCCGACCAGUUUUGCCAUCUCGCCGGCGUUGUGGCCGAGAAUCCGAGCAUUGCUCUGUCCGACUUGGCUGCGUGCAUGGCGCCACCGUUCGAGCACCGGCGUGCCUGCGAGCGCCAGCCGAGUGCCUUUAAGCGGAACCGAUAGAGAUGACACUGAGUACCGCUGAGCCGGCGGAAUGUCCCCGACUGCAAAUUACACUAGUAGCUUGGCAGAGCCGCCGGCGACUUUUGUUCUAACUGAACUUGAUCCUCGGCAAGGUGUAUGACUUGAUCCUCGGCAAAGUGUAUUACUUGAUCCUCGGCAAUACUCCACUGUCAUAGUGUACGCCUUUGAGUACGUCACCAUACACACUAUUUUAAAAGAAUUGUCAGCGCUACGUGAAUCAAAUAAUUCAAUGCAGAGUCUGCUAAAAGCUAUCACCAGCCAGAGCAGCUGACUGCAUUAGCGCCGGAUGAUGUCAGAAUCAGACACAGGGGCGUCGGAAGGUAUUUUAGUGUGGUACGGUCAGCCAUCUGAAGUACACUUUACUCGUGCGGGAGGGAUGGCUGAGCCGAGAAUUUUGGAAAUUUAGAGCCCAAAUCAGUGCAUUUUAUUGAUUCAUGGGGUACUUGGGGCAAAAAGUGGUACGGUCAAUACCGUAGUGACCGUACCGUGUGCGACGCCCCUGAGACAGAUGACCUGAUUGGAGAUACAUGACAUGUACAAUCACGAGUGCCUUGUAUUGGUACUAAUGCCAAGAGUACAGUCAUACUACUGUUUAUGUGCUGGGUGAAUGUAUGAUGAAACAGUUUUUAUAAUCACAAACCCCCAGAUAGGGGAAGGGUUAUGUGCAUGGGUUACAUGGCUGCAGACUUACCAGAGAAC